GGAGCUUUCUUCACUUGACUGUACGUACGUCCGAUCGAAGCUAUAAUCAAAAUGUCUGCUCGAGGGGGAAAAGCCGCGAAGAGGGCAAAAGCCGUUUCACGAUCGGCAAAAGCAGGACUCCAGUUUCCUGUAAGCCGUGUUCACAGGUAUCUCCGACAAGUUACACAUCACUAUCGAAUCGCCUCUGGAGCGCCGGUGUAUCAGGCAGCUGUAAUGGAAUACCUUACAGCCGAGAUCCUGGAGUUGGCUGGCAAUGCGGCCAGGGACAACAAGAAAUCAAGGAUUAUUCCCCGUCACAUUCUACUCGCUGUUGCUAACGAUGAAGAACUUCAUAGGUUGUUGAAGGGAGUCACCAUUGCUUCAGGGGGAGUCUUGCCCAACAUUCACCCUGAAUUGCUGAAGAAAAGAAAAGGGGGUAAGCUUGUCGCUCCAGAGGACCUUCACCCCAAGAAGCCCAAACCCUCGUCACCCAAAAAGGAUGCCGCUGUUGCUUCUACCUCUAAAAAGCCAGCCCCUGCUAAAAAAGCACCAGCUGCCAAGGCUUCUGCAACAAAGGGCAAAGGAAAGGGCCGUGGUAAGGCAGCUGAUAAAGGUCCUGGAGAUGGAAUAUCAAUUCUCUCUGAAAAGACAUUGUUCUUGGGACAACGUCUGUCUGUUGUUCAAGGAGAGUUGGUAGCUGUUGAAGCUAAUGCAGUUGUUCAUCCUACUGAUGGUAAAUUCCAAAUGAAGGGGGAAGUAGGGAAGAUUCUCAGCAAGGCAGGCGAUGAAGAGUUCAAGAAGGAAAUGAAAAAACUGGCAGAGGAAAAUGCUAAUUUUGAAGUGACACAAACUGCCAUGUGCGCUUCACAUAACAUCAAGGCAUCCAAUAUCAUCAAUGUAAACUGCCCAGUCUAUGACUCUCAGUCCGAAGAAGAGUCGUCAGAAAGCCUGACUAAAGCAAUCAAAAAUGUGCUUACAAUGGCUGAUGAAAACAAUCUCAAGACUAUUGCCCUUCCACCCAUAGGACUUGGAGAUUUCAAGUUCCCCAAGCAGCACGCAGCCCAGGCCACCCUCAAGGCUAUCAACAACUACUUUGUAUCUGCCAUGGCCACCUCUAUCAAGCAGAUAUACUUUGUGCUUCAGGAUAUGGAAAACAUUGGUAUAUACACGUUGGAGCUAGCCAAGCUUGACUCUUAAUUCAACUAGAUAGGUCAUGUAUAGUUGUUUUAAUAUUCUAUCAAGUCUCUAUCUGUCAUGUCUUAAACUUAUUCAUCCUGAUUUCCUUGUUGAUUAGUUAGUAGACAUAUUUUAAGUAUAAAUAUUAAAUAUGGACCAAAAUCCUAGGUUGGAUUUCCGAUGCUUCUUUUCUUGUAAAAUUCUCCGUGAGAGCUAAUAGACAGCAAGUUUUAUUCAUUCAUCUUCCUCGUGCGAAAAACCGUUUAUCAACCUCAGAAGACAGAAGAGGAAGCUUACCAUCUAAUCUUACACUCGAAUGCACUGAUGUCGUAUUUGUUAGAGGUAUCUUGGAUUUGAAUCUUUUGUUUCCACUGACUGCAUUUCUUUUUGUCUUCGUCAACCAUGUGGACUAUAACUAGAAACAUCUUUUAUUUUUCUUGCUUCAAUUUCUUUGGGAGUUUUGAUGAACGUCGAUAUUACGUAAGUCAGUCGGAGAAAAAGACGGAGACGCCUUUCAAUCCCUGGUAGUAUUGCAGAGUACGUAGGCCCUGAUAAAUCAAAUGGAGCCCUGUAGUAAUCACAAGAUACUGUGCGUAUUAAUUUCAAACUAAUGCGAUCCAUACUACGACCUUGAGAGUAUUUUACUUUGUUUUUGUCUGUCGUUUUAGCUUUCGUAAAAGAAAAGGAGACUUGGUUCGUAGACCCUCUGUAGGAGCCGACUGCAGCUUAUCGCGCGUCGCGUAAUUUAUUUACCGUUAAAGUUCUUAUGUUGCAUGUUAGACACAACUUGCAUAACGUAUUGCUUGCCUGGAGUAAUAAUGGUGCAGCAUGAAGGCGCUUAUGUAUAACGCACAACUAAAUAGCCAGACAAAAUAGUUUUACUGAACGUUACCUAGUGUAACUCUACCUUAAAUUCUGCAGAAGGGUCUACUGGUUGCAUAAAAUGGAUUUUAUUCAAGUAAGACAGCAAUGUGGGGAGUACAUUAGCCAUUCUGAGGUUGAGGGAAAACCAGAGUUGAGUUGGCAUCGCAGUGCAUCGUAGGACUGUUUUAAGGGGACAUAUUUCCAAGAUGGCGUCUAUUUCGUCCCCUAAAACACUCUCAAAAUACACUGGAAUGCUAAUUCGACCUAGUUUUCCCCUCAACCUUGUAAUGGGUAAUAGCACUUUGCCUUCAUAGUUGAUUGUCUAUUGUAACUGGUUAUUGGCAAAUACCCGAUGCGGGUAUGAAUUUUCCUGUGAAAUACUUAUUUGUCAGACUAUAUCAGGAAAAAUAUGCCUAGGAUAGCGAUUUUCUUUUAGCUGUCUCAUUAUUGCAAAAUCCAAUUUAGUAAAUCAAAAGUUGUGGAUUAAAUCCAUUGUAAACAAGAAUUUAAGUAGUAGGAAGUUUUACAAAGUUUAAUGUUAUAAAUUUAUUUUUAUGGAA